AUGUAUCAUGGUCACGUUGCUGUGCUUGAUAAAGUGGAAUCUUUCACUGAGCAAGGACAAGAGAGUCACAGAAAGUUACGGAGUUCUUGUGAAACAAAGAUCCUGCUGUUCAAACAAGAAGAUGAGGAGGCUCCUCUGAGAAGGAGUUUAGAAAGCAAGGGGGUCCAGUCUGAACCUUGUGACUGGUUGGGAGCAGCAGUUAGUGUGGAAGGGGAGUGGGUCAGAUCUGGAAGCUGCCUUAGCUUGCACAGAUGGGGCUCCCUAGCUGGGUUUUCUUCUUCUAGCUGUAGUGAGAAGGUAUAUGCAAAAGGCAGAGAGACCUCUGGCCUCACCAAGCUACCUGUGGCUGUGCAGGUGACUUGCUUUACAGGGUGUGUUUGUGUUGUUUCAGAUGCAGAGCAACAAGCAGCACGGCCAAGGGCACGGAAGAGGGGAGCAGAGUGCCGGCUGAAGAAGGACAGGCAUCCAGCUGGUGGCUCUGACAAGCUUGAGCUUCUCUGGCUGGAUUUUCUGGGUGCGGAUCCAAGUGUGAAGCGAGAUGUUAUCAGCAGAGCGGCCUCUGGCAAGGAGCAUCCCUUGGUUGUGUUCAUAGGUGGUACACAAGCCCUCCUAGUCCCCUGGGAUCCCUGCCUGGAUGAUUCAGGAUGGCCUGGUGCUGUGCAUUGCAUUUCCAGAGACAAACAGCAGCUUGUGGUCAGGACUCCAGAGAGAUUUGAGAAGGCCCCAGAGCACCUUCUGCAUCCUCUCACAGUCAGCAUGAACUUGCUGGAGAAAUCCCAAGGCAGACUGACCAUGACACCUGAAGCAGAUACCAGCCACCGGUGUGUUCAGAUGCUGAACAAAUAUUUCUCAUACUCCCUUUCAACCACUGGAAACCUGCCAGAGUUAAAUCCUAUCUUUCAUUUCUGGAGCUUUGCCUGUUUUCCUUAUUUUUUUGCCUAA